GUUUCUGAAUGCGGAAGCGCGGAGACCACUCAAACAUGACUUGCUCCUGGUUAUUCCUCACUUUAGCGAUUCUGCAAGUUCGACAGAUUGUUCAUUCGCAAGCGCAGGAUGUGAGACUGGUCGGCGGAAUCAAUGGCUGCUCCGGAAGAGUGGAAGUUCGACACAGUUACCAAUGGGGUACAGUUUGCGACGAUGAUUGGGGAUUAUCAGACGCUCAGGUGGUUUGCCGACAACUCGGCUGUGGCUCCGCUGCGUCCGCGCACCAGGGAGGACGCUUCGGGGAAGGUCGUGGAAACAUUUGGAUGGACAACGUUAAGUGCGCAGGUUCCGAGCGUCAAUUGUCGGACUGCCGCUUCGGAGGAUGGGGAGUUCACAACUGCAAGCACAGUGAAGAUGCAGGUGUCACCUGUAAUCCACGGUUUGAACUAAGACUCGUGGGUGGCAGCAACCGCUGUUCAGGAAGAGUGGAGGUAAGGUACAAUGGGCAAUGGGGGACGGUUUGCGACGAUGUAUGGAACACAAACAACGCCAAGGUUGUUUGCCGACAGCUGGGUUGCCCCUCCCGCGCAACAGCAUUUACGGGAGCACGUUUCGGGCAAGGCAGUGGGAAAAUCUGGAUGGAUGACGUCGUGUGCAACGGACAGGAAUCUUCUCUUUCGGACUGCAAAUUCCCAGGAUGGGGGCAGAACAACUGCGGUCACAGCGAAGAUGCAGGAGUGCAAUGUAGCGAAGAGUUUGAAAUAAGACUGGUAGGUGGCAGCGAUCGUUGUUCGGGAAGAGUGGAGGUGAAAUACAAUGGACAAUGGGGGACGGUUUGCGACGAUGAAUGGGACAUUAAAGACGCCAAGGUCGUUUGCAAUCAGCUGCGUUGCCCCUCGCAGGCAGCAGCAACUGCGGGAGCACGCUUCGGGGCAGGCAGCGGGAACAUCUGGAUGGAUGAUGUCGCCUGCAAUGGAGAUGAAUCUUCCUUAUGGAAAUGCUCCUUCCGAGGAUGGGGGAAGAAUAAUUGCGGUCACGGGGAAGAUGCGGGAGUGAAAUGUACCGAAGAUAUUCCGCCGCCACCUCGCAUCUCAAUAUUUCCGAUAUAUCCAGUGUAUGUGCCUGGCGAAUUUAUUACUAUCACCUGCGUUGCUGCAACACCUAAUCAAGUGGGCCAGCUUGAGCUGGUAAAAGACUCCGUCACUCUCAUCAAAGGCAGUGGAAACAUCAACUACCGCAUUAACCGCGUGAGCAAGUCCGACGUAGGCAACUACACAUGUUUCAUGUUGAGGCAGGUGUCCGAUCGCUGGAUACGUUCCUCUCCCAGCCAGUCUGUUCCCAUACAGGUCACAGAUCCUCCCUCUCGACCCGAAAUCUCAAAGAGUCCCGAUCAUCCUGUCUAUGUGCCUGGGGAAACAAUAAACAUUACCUGCGUUGCUGGACGUCAAGGCGAAGCUGGGUUGUUUCAGCUCACGAAAGACUCCGCUCCUCUCAUCAACAGCACUGAAAACCAUCGACAAUUCACCUACAACAUGAGCGACAUGAGCAACAACGUGGCAGGCAGCUACAAGUGUGUCUUGCUGAUGCAAGUCUCCGGUAGACGAUUACAGUCCCCUGCGAGCCAACCAGUUCGCAUCAUUGUCACUGAUCUUCCGCCUCAACCACAAAUCUCUAUGAUUCCGGAAUACCCAGUGUAUGUACCCGGGGAAUCUAUCACUAUUACCUGCACUGCUUCAGGUCCCAACAUAGCUGGGCAGCUUGAGUUGAUAAAAGACUCCAGUCUGCUUAUCCAACGCAGUGGAAACGAACGAGACAUGUCAUACCGCAUAAGGCAAGUUAGCACGUCCAGAGCCGGCAACUACAAGUGUGUCAUGUUAAGGACGGUCUCCGGUCGCUGGAUACGUUCACCUGCCAGCCAACCUCUUCGUAUACAUGUCACAGAUCCUCCCUCUCAACCAAUUAUCUCCAUGAGUCCUGAUCAUCCAGUCUAUGUGCCAGGGGAAACAGUAACCAUUACCUGCGUUGCUGGACGUCCCGGUGAAGUCGGGCUGCUUCAGUUAACGAAAGACUCCGCGCCUGUCAUCAACAGCACUGAGAGCCAACGAGAUGUCACCUAUCGCAUCAGAGAUGUGAGCAAAAACAUGGCAGGCAACUACACGUGUGUCUUGCUGACACAAGUCUCCGGCCGAUGGAUACGUUCCCCUGAUAGCCAACCUGCUCACAUUGUUGUCACAGACCCUCCACCUCGGCCAAUCGUUUCUAAGAGUCCUGACUACCCAAUAUAUGUAAAAGGGGAAUCGGUCGUCAUUACCUGCAGCGCUGCACGACGUGGCUCCGCUGGAGGGUUUCAGUUAUUGAAGGACUCCUUGCCCAUCAUGAACAGCACAGGCAACCAACAGCAAUUCACUCAUAAAAUUGGAAACAUGAAAUCCAACAGCAGAGGGAAGUAUACGUGCGCCCUUUUCACUCAGCUGUCAGGUCGAUGGAUACGUACAUCGGCGAGCCAACCUGUGGAUAUCAUCGUCACAGAUCCUCCCUCUCAACCCGAAAUCUCCAAGAGUCCUGAUCAUCCAGUCUAUAUGCCGGGGGAAUCAAUCGACAUUACCUGCAUUUCCGGACAGCCGGGUGCAGUUGGGCUGCUGCAGUUGACGAAAGACUCCGUCGCUCUCAUCAACAGCACCGAAAACCAACGACAUUUCAUCUACCACAUGACGGGUGUGAGCAAGAGCAGGACAGGAAGCUAUGCGUGUGUCUUGUUGACACAAGUCUCCGGUCGAUGGAUCCAUUCCCCUGCGAGCCAAGCUGUUGGCAUUGUUGUCAAAGAUCCUCCUCCUCAGCCAAACAUUUCUAAGGGUCCUGACUAUCCAGUGUACGUUAAAGGAGAAUCGGUCACCAUUACCUGCACCGCUACACGUCAUGGCUCCUCUGGACGGUUUCAGCUGUUGAAGGACUCCCUGCCCAUCAUGAACAGCACCAGCAACCAACAGCAAUUCACCCAUCAAAUUAGAAACGUGAACUCCAACAGCAGAGGGAACUACUCAUGUACUCUUUUGACUCAGAUCUCAGGUCGAUGGUUACGUUCUUCGGCGAGUCAACCUGUUGAAAUAAAUGUCACAGAAAACCCACCCGAGCCUCACAUCUCCAAGACUCCUGAAUACCCAGUGUAUGUAGCUGGAGAAUCGAUCACCAUUACCUGCUCCGUUACGGAGCAUGACUCCACUGGACGGUUUCAUUUAUUCAAAGAUGCCAUCCCUUUUAUUAAAAGCACCACAGACCACCGACGUUUUGAAUAUGGCAUCGCGGAUGCGAACGCUAGAAAUUCAGGGGACUACGCCUGUGCAUUGGCAAAACCUAUCUCUGGUCGAUGGAUUAGUUCUCCUGUCAGUUCUCUUCUUCAGAUACGUGUCAUAGAUGCUCCGCCUCAGCCAGAAAUGUCCAAGAAUCCAGAAUACGCGGAGUACGUAGCUGGAGAAGCAAUCACUAUCUCUUGCAGCGUUGCACGUCGUGGCUCACUUGGCCAGUUUCAGUUGUUCAAAGACUCAGUCUCCAUCAUCAACAGCACAGGGAACCAACAGAAGUUCAGCCAUCACAUUAAAGGUGUCAGCACUGCCAGCAAAGGGAGCUACACGUGUGCAUUUAUUAUGAAGGUAUCGGGCAGAUUGAUACGUUCUCCUCUCAGCCAUCCUGUUCGAAUAAAUGUCGCAGACGCCCUUCCUCGCCCACAUCUUUCUCUGGAGCCCAAACGUUCUGUUUAUAUUGUGGGUGCUUCACUCACAAUCGGUUGUGCGGUCGAAGCUGGGACUGAGAACGGACAGCUUGAGUUGCUCCAGAACUCCAUCCGCAUAAGAUUGCAAGAGAAACGAGAAAGCAUCAGGCAUUUCAUUCCAAGUGUCAGCGAGAUAAAUGGCGGAAUUUACACUUGCCUCUAUAAGAGACAGAUCUCAGGAAGAUGGCUUCAAUCAGUUCCAAGUGAUUCCACCAAAAUAAUUAUAAUCGAUGCGCCAGCUCCACCGAAAAUCGUUUUGACUCCUGAUUACCCAGUUUAUGUGAUAGGAGAAUCCGUCACCAUUAACUGUACACCUCCAGUCGGUAACUCAGUCGGCCGCUUGAGGAUAUUGAAAGGCGAAAAGCCCAUCGCAGACCGGCAGAUCGAUGAAGACGGACAAUCCCUGAGCUAUCCCUUUGGAAGUGUGACACUGGAGCAUGAGGGAAACUACACGUGUUUGCAUGAGACAUCAAUAUCAGGGCAUUGGAUAUCAUCUAAAGACUCUCUCCGAAUAAGAACAACGAACCGCCCACCCUCUCCAACAGUUUCGCUGAAUCCCAAUUAUCAGAUAUAUCUGGAAAGGGAAGAAGUCAUCAUUACCUGCCAUGCUCCGAGCCAUUACAUUUAUGGCCAUCUCCAAUGGUUGUUGCAUUGGACAUUUGAAAACACAACCAAAGAAAUGGAUAAGACACAACAACUUGCCAGUAAUUCGUUCACGGUCAUAGAUAACAUAAGUGAAGGGAAUUAUUCGUGCGUGUACAACCAACAACUAUCAGGACGUUGGAUAACAUCUUUCCCUAGUGACGUCGUGACAAUACAGAGGGUAAGGUUAACCGCGGGUCUAUACUUCGAACGCCAGUCCGGUGUGUAUCGGAAAGGAGAAACGGCUGUGAUUACUUGUUUCGAUGCCAACCAAAGCGGUGCAGAUAGCUUCUCGUUCUACAAAGGCAAUGCAUUGUUGCGAGCAGUAGAUGUUGAUUUAUCACAUCAUAUGGCCUCGGUCGUCAUCGCUAACACUUCUGACGCAGACGAAGGAUUUUACUCCUGCACGUACGAAAUAAUGAUGUCUGGAAGGCGAUUGCAAUCAGACGAAAGUGACUCUGCGUUAUUAAGAAUUGAAGAGCUGUCGACACCAGUUUUAUCAGUGCAUUCCGCAGAUGUUGAAAUCGGCGGAAACAUCAGUUUCAACUGCGUAUGCUCGAACGGCCAUCCAGAAACCACAUUCAUCUUGCAGAGGGCUGGGGAAGAUAUCUCGCGGUCACGGGUUAUUUCAGGGAAAAACCACUCUGUGACCUUCACCGUGAAGAAGGUGACUCUUUCUGAUGAAGGAGCGUACUUCUGCCGCUGUCAAGUCAUUGUAAAUGGAACUGUCUUAACAUCAGCCACCAGUUCACAUCUGCAGGUGACUGUCAAUGCCAAUGUAUGGAUAAAGAUUCUUCUGCAAUAUAUUCAUUUGAUCGUCGUGGGGGCGCUGAUUGUGAUCAUCGUUGCUGUUAUAAUAAUCACAAUAAUUUGCAAGAGGAACAAAGGAAUUGGAUACGACUUCACUGAGCUAAACGCAGCAACUCCUCCUCGAACGGAAGAAUCAAAGUUAUGAAAACUUAAAGGCUCUCUAAAAAAAAGUACAAUUCGACGAUUCAUUUUUUUCCGAGUUAAACAUUCAGCAUACUAACUCUGCAAUAUUAACCGACGCAAUGCUUCAGUCUCCAGACGCUUCUGCCGACCACCAGAACUUUGAAAUCAAACCGAUAUUCGUCAAACAUGGAUUGCAAUGCACAACAGUUGCCAGAACCAAUAACCUGUGUACUUUCUUGCAUGUGUCUUUUCAAUACCCAGGUAUUUUUGUGUUUAAGAAUAAAAUUUAUUUUAAAGGUGGUUAAAACCUAUCAUGAA